UAGCUUGCUCUACCUUUCUCGCAGGGCAGCGAGGGUGGGCUAAAUCAGAGCAUAGACACACACAAACAUACUUUGUAGGAGGGGGUGGCCUACAGUUGUUCAGUGACACACAAACCAGCAGGACCCUGAGGCAAAACCUGGAUGUUCCCUUUUGCUUUCAUACAUCAAGGAUUUUACUGGCAACACUUACUCGUUUGUUGGGAUUUCAUCUGAGUUUCAGUUGGAUUACUUUAGUCAUUGUGUGGCUCCUGGAUAACUUGUGUGGAUAUUAAAUGUAUCUCAUUGCUGCUUCUGUGGGUGCUGUUUUGGUAAUCGGGUGUCUGAGUGUGAGGAGACUGGGUGAACAAGAAGAGCGACAGAUUGACAAGAACAAACAAGCAAACACAAUAAAACCCAACACAGCUCUUGUUCGUGGUGACAGAUGAACCAACCCAUUCUUAUCUCUAUUAAUUACCAACAUAUUUGAGAUUUAGAUGAGAUGGAAAUAGAUCCAAAUAGAACAAACAAUUCCAUUCAUUAAUGUAAGGCAAGUAAAUAACCACCUCGUAUGAAGCAAGCAAGAAGAACUUAGAACUUAAAGUGCUUUUCACAGGUCUAACUUUGUAUUAUCAACACACAAUAAAAAGCUGACCUUGAUAAAUCACUAAAUCCCUCCAUUUACUUUGCGUCUCAGUCUUGGAAUGAAAAAGUAGCAUUAACAUAAAAAAAAUAAUUUUUGUGUAGCUGAUAUUAUAAUUACAAACUGGUCAAAAGCCAGUUAUGUUGUUGAGAGCCCAAUUCCCUCCUACACCAUCUUAGUGGAUCUCUUUUUCUUAAAAGUUUUUUUAAGAAGUUGCCUCACAUGGCCUUUGGAAGAUAACACACCUUUAGGAAGAUUAUACAGCUUCCAGAUAUAUCCACUGGAAAGGUGUUGACUAGUAGAGUGUCAUCUGGCAGUCUAAUCAUUUAUCAAUCGCUCAAGAGGAGGCGAGAUGUCGAGGCCUCCUUCCUCCCAGACCACCCCUCAGUUCUACAGGGUCAGCGACAGAGAUCUCACCGAGAUCGAGCUACAUUCGGUGGACUCUAUCAACGAUCUUCACCGAACACACCCCGAACACAGCCACAAAGGGACGAGGCCUCCUCGUCCUGCUUACUCCCCCUCCUCGAAUGGGAAUCUCUACACAAGUGACAUGACAGCUGUCAAUCAAAGAGGCCGUCCAGUCAGCAGCAAAUGGCAGAGUCGUCUACAGGAUAUGUUGACACCCAGUUCAUCGCGUGCCUAUGCCAUGGGCUGUGCUAUUAUCACUUUGCUUCUGCUAACAGUGUUACUCAUCUUCUACUUUUUGGUCCAGCAGGGCGGCGCAGUCCGGAUGCUGACUGAGGCAGUGAGGGAGAAAGAGGCCGCAGCCACAGAGCUGUCACUGCUGAUCCAAGAACUGCAGGCACUGAGACACAACCUGACAGCCAUGAGAGGAGGGACAUAAUAUGGACACAUACACACAUACAUACACUGGACAUGAGAUGCUUUAAAGUACAGUAAAACUGUUUUUCAGUGGAUUUUUCCCUGAAGAGGAAACAUUUGUUAGAAUGUUCUCUAAGUGCUGCCUGUGUUUCAAGACGAAAUCUAACUGAUGGAACUAUGUAGUUGAGAGAAAGGAGGUUUCUGAAAACAUUUUUACUCUCUCUAGCCCUGGUAAGUUAACUAUGAAAAGAACUUUUGAAUGAACUAAAAUACUUUUUUUCUCCGUGAUGACGCUGUUAUUAAAGCAGCUGAACUGGUUGGAUUAAAUGAAUAGAGGCAGUAUAUCUCAUAACAUUGCAUUAAUGCACAUUUAAUGUCUUAUGAUUCAGCAUUAUUGACACUUCAACACAGUAAAAAUGUGGUGGACUGAUAAAAAGUAAAACUGACUUUGAUUUGAAAGCCAAAUCAUUAAAUGCGACAACAAAGACAAUACUGUUUUCCAAGCAUGUUUCUGUUAACUUGUUUUGCUCUUUCUUGAUUAAAACAAGGUUACAUUAAGCAAAGGUUAAUGACUUCAACCGCAAAUUUUAGCAUAUGAUAAUAAAUAUAUAAUUAUCAGUUAUUUAACAGUUCAUACACUGUGCGUAAUAAUGUCAUAAUUGCUACAUAUCUUGCUGAUUUUCACCAAAGAAUCACAUCUUUUAAAAAGGAGCAGAUUUGAAUGUCCUCAGACAAAGCCACGAGUUGUUACCUGCUGCAAACAGAUACUGUGCACUGCAGUAAAAACAACUUCCUCAUAUGAUGAACACAGCUUAGAAAAUAAGUAGCUCAUCUCUGGAGAAUUAGCACUUUGAGGUGAUGUUAUUAAAAUCUGAUUUGUAUGCA